UUAGAGAAAAUGAGCAUCAAAUCAAUAUUUCCUAUUAAUUUAGAUAGACUGACGGACAAGGAACGUCACAAUUAUAUUCUUAAUCAUUAUGUGCGGCCCUCUAUGGCUGAAGGUGAAUCGCGUAUUCAUAAGCGGGAUAUUGACGUUAUACGUGAGAAUCAUCGUUUUCUUUGGGACGAGGAGGAAGCAGCCGACAUUCGCACAUUGAGCUGGGAGCAGCGUUUGGCCUUACGCUAUUAUCGAAAGCUAUUCAAAGAGUAUUGCAUAGCCGAUCUCACGCGCUACAAAGAGAAUAAAAUCGCUUUGCGCUGGCGAACCGAAGAAGAAGUGGUCACCGGCAUAGGACAAUUCCAAUGUGGCAGUCGGCACUGUGGGGAACGCAAAGGUCUCCGCAGUUGGGAGGUCAAUUUUAAGUAUAUCGAAGAAGGUGCUCCACAAAAUGCACUAGUCAAGUUGCGCCUUUGUGCUGUGCAUACGGAACAACUUAAUUAUCGAACCAAGAAAAAAGAACAUAAGCGCCAGAGGCGCAGAGCGAAAGAAGAACGCAAUAACGACCGUAAGCAAAAGAGACGCAAAACAAAUCAAGAAAGCGAGAAAAACCUCGUUGAGAGUGAAAAGUUAGAGGAAGAACAAGAAGACACAAGCAUCGUAAGUUUAGAUGACGACGAGCAGAUUUGGGGUAAACAACUGGAUCUAAGCAAGGAACAACCAUCAAGAGAACAAGAAUUUGAGCGUUAUCUAGAGGAUCUACUAUUAUAAAAGUUGACAAAUAUGACAAAGUCUGGCUGUCGUUUAAAAGGACUUUAGAUUUGCUUUUGUUUACUGAACUGUUGUAAAUACAAUAGCAUUCUCUUUAUU